CACAAAUUCAUUCUAACAAAAUUCACAAUCAAUGGAAAAAGGCGAGGCUUCAAAUUCAACGACGGAGCAAGACUCGGACGAAACACAGAGCACGACUCACCACCACUUGACACUCCCACCGGGUUUGACUCAGGACGAGUUCGACGAGUUGAGCCCGUUCGUUUCCGAGUUCCACACAUACAAACUCGGACCGGGUCAAUGCUCAACCCUGCUCGCUCAACGAGUCGACGCGCCGGUACAGACCGUUUGGUCCGUAGUCCGGCGAUUCGAUAAGCCUCAAACCUACAAGCACUUCAUCAAGAGCUGUACGGUCAAGGAAAACUUCACAAUGACCGUAGGGUGCACCAGGGAGGUCAAUGUUAUCUCCGGAUUACCGGCUGAAACCAGCACCGAGAGACUCGAUAUGCUGGACGAUGACCGACGCGUCACCGGUUUCAGUAUCACCGGAGGGGAGCACCGGUUGAGGAAUUACCGUUCGGUCACCUCGGUGCACGGGUUCGAGCGCGACGGGAAGAUCUGGACUGUUGUUUUGGAAUCUUAUGUGGUUGAUGUGCCGGAAGGGAACACCGAGGACGACACGCGUCUGUUCGCUGACACGGUUGUCAAGUUGAAUCUGCAUAAGCUCGCGACGGUCACCGAAGGGAUUGCCCGUGACGGUGACGGUAAGUCUCACGGCUUUUAAACCAAAACAAAAUUGUUCUUUAAUUUGUGGCUUUAAAAAAAAAAAAAAAAAAAAAAAUCAGUGUUUGUGAGUUUUGUUUUUUUUGAGUUAAUCACGAAAAUAUCCUUUGCUUUCGAAUGGAUUGACUGGGUGCCACGUGAUCAUUUGAGGUAGUUUUCCAUGGAGUGUGUGCGUUGAAUUUGUUCCCUGAGCUUCUUGUGUAAGAGAGAGAGCUUGAGCGAGGAUAUUAAUGUCUUUUUGUAUUAUGUAAAUAUGAUUUUUACUUUGUAAAA